AUGUCGAACACACCCAUCACAUCGGCUUAUCAAGCAGCGAACCAUGCUGAUCUUACGAAACGAUUGAACAUGGAAAAGUACCAAAAGGUGAAGAGGAGUCGGAUCAGCGAAAGUGAAGCGAAAGAAGCCAAGGAUUUACUGAACAAACUCUUCAAAACCGACAAUGAGGAUGAACGCAAGGAUAUUGUUGACCAACUCUCGGGUUUUCUUAGCCAAUAUGGAAUUCUUUCUCUCAAGACAUGUCAUUUGUACCCAGCUUUGACAAGUGAACUUUAUGCGAAAAAAAUCAAACCACAAAAUGUAUUGGCGGUGCUGGAAUUGUUAGACAAGUUGAUGGAAGCCAAUCCUUUUUUCCGUGGUGCUUUAGAACCUUACCUGAUUACGUUAUUGACCCCACUUUUGGAACUUCAAGCUGAUAAGAGCAAGGAAAUCAAGGAAGCUACAGCUAAAACUGCUUACGCAUUAAUUGGUGCUUUGAAUCCAGCGGCCACUCGUUAUAUCGUUCUUCAUUGUUUGGAAGGUCUUGAAAACUCUAAGAAAUGGCAAACCAAAAUGUUAUCUCUUCUUCUAAUCGAAAAAAUGACUGAACUCAAUCCUAUGGAAUUGUUGGCCUGUAUUCCAGAUAUCAUUCCUGUUGUAUCUGAUUGUAUGUGGGACACCAAGGCUGAUGUCAAGAAACAAGCAACCAAGACGAUGACCACCGUGACUUCUCUCUUGGACAAUAAAGAUAUUGAACGAUUUAUUCCUGCUGUGAUCGAAUGUAUCAAUCAACCGGAAAAGGUACCAGAAACUAUUCAUCAAUUGGGUGCUACUACUUUUGUUCAAGAAGUGGAUUCUGCUACUUUAUCUCUCAUGGUCCCUUUAUUGGGUCGUGGUCUCAAGGAACGUCAAACACCUAUCAAACGAAAAUCGGCAGUGAUUAUUGAUAAUAUGUGCAAAUUAGUGGAUGAUCCUGAUGCUGCCGCUCCUUUCCUACCAUUGCUACUACCUGCUUUGGAACAUGUACAAGAUGUGGUGGCUGAUCCUGAAUGUCGUAGUCAAGUUGUCAAAGCUUUGGAAACUCUCAAGCGUGUGGGUGGUGCGGAUAAACAAGUGCUUACUGGUGAUGAAAAACGUGAUAAAGUGACCAAGACUCUCGAUCAUUUGAUGCCAACCAAAUUGGAAGGUUUCUAUAGUCCUAUUCGAAAGUAUAUGAUUGAACUCGCUUUGGCUUUGGUGUUUGCAAAAAGUUUUAGUCGUGAUCAAUGGAUUGAAGCCAUUGGUCCUCAUGCUGCUACCUGGCUCUUUGUAACUGGUCGUGAUACUGAAGAAUGGGGUCCUGAACAUGAUCAACAUGCUGAAAAACUUGCUUUGGCUGCUUUGGCAACUUGUGAAGAAGCUGUGGCUAUCCAUGAUCCUGAUGAAGAAGAAGAUGAUGAAGGUGAAGAACUCUGUAAUUGUGAAUUCUCUCUUGCUUAUGGUGCCAAGAUUUUAUUGAAUCGUACCGCUCUUCGUCUCAAACGUGGUCGUCGUUAUGGUCUCUGUGGUGCCAAUGGUUGUGGUAAAUCUACUUUGAUGCGAGCUAUUGCUAAUGAACAAGUGGAAGGUUUCCCUCCUAAAUCUGUUCUCAAAACUGUUUAUGUGGAACAUGAUAUUGAUGGUUCUCAAGCUGAUACUUCUUUGAUUGAUUUUAUCAUUGCUUCUGAUGGUGUAGAAACGAAGGAUCGCGAACAAGUACGCAAGAUCUUACGUGAUUAUGGAUUUACCGAAGAAAUGGUUACUUCUAUGCCUAUUGGUGCUUUAUCUGGUGGAUGGAAAAUGAAAUUGGCAUUGGCUCGUGCUAUGUUGAUGAAUGCCGAUAUUUUAUUAUUGGAUGAACCUACGAAUCACUUGGAUGUUGUCAAUGUGGCGUGGUUAGAAAAUUAUCUCUUGGGUUUGAAGACUGUGACAUCUAUGAUUGUAUCUCACGACUCUGGAUUCUUGGAUCAUGUGUGCUCUGAUAUUAUUCACUAUGAAGGCAAUUACAAACUCAAGCGUUAUCGUGGCAAUUUAUCUGAAUUUGUGAAAAAAGUACCCAAGGCUGCUUCUUAUUACUCUUUGGAUGCUACUCAAAUCAAGUUUGCUUUCCCAGAACCUGGCUAUUUGGAAGGUAUCAAGACUAAAGAACGUGCUAUUUUGAAAAUGAAGAAUGUGGACUUCCAAUACCCUGGUACAAACAGAAAACAAUUGGUUGAUAUUAGUAUGCAAUGUUCUUUAUCUUCUCGGGUUGCUGUGAUUGGUCCUAAUGGUGCUGGUAAAUCCACAUUGAUCAAAUUAUUAACGGGUGAAAUUGAAUCUGAUAUUGGUACCGUGUGGAAACAUCCAAAUUUACGUAUUGCCUAUGUUGCACAACAUGCUUUCCAUCAUAUUGAAAAACAUUUGGACAUUACGCCGAAUGAAUACAUCCAAUGGCGGUAUGCAACAGGAGAAGAUCGUGAAGAAUUGGAAAAAGUGGAUCGUGUGAUUACGGAAGAAGAAGAAAAACAAAUGAAUCAAGAAUUUGUGAUUGAUGGUGAAAAACGAGUGGUGGAAGAAUUGGUAGGACGUCGAAAACUCAAGCAAUCGUAUGAAUAUGAAGUAUCUUGGGUUGGACGAUCAUCUGUAGACAACACUUGGAUUUCUCGACAAAAACUUGAAAACAUGGGUUUUUCCAAAAAGAUUGCCGAAGUGGAUGCAUUGGAAGCUGCCAAAUUGGGUUUGAAUCGACCAUUGACGGCCAAGGAAAUUGAAAAGCAUUUGACAGAGGUUGGUUUGGAUCCUGAAUUCGCUACUCAUUCCCGUAUUCGUGGUCUUUCUGGUGGACAAAAAGUCAAAUUGGUGAUUGGUGCUGCCAUGUGGAAUAAACCACACAUGUUGGUGUUGGAUGAACCUACGAAUUAUCUGGAUCGUGAAUCAUUAGGUGCCUUGGCCACUGCCAUCCGAGAAUAUGGAGGAGGGGUUGUCAUCGUUACUCACAACCGUGAAUUCUCAGAAGCUCUUUGUACCGAAGUAUGGAAAGUCGAUAAUGGUCAUCUGGUAGCAUCGGGUCAUAAUUGGGUCUCUGGUAGUGGUACCACCAAAAUUGAAGAAAAGGAAGAAGAAGAUCAAGUCGAUGCUCAAGGUAAUAUCAUCAAAGCAACAAAGAAAAAGGUCAAGUUGACUUCCAAGGAACUUCGAAAGAAGAAGAAGGAACGUAUGGAACGUCGUAAACGUGGUGAAGAAGGUAAAAAAAAAAAAAAAAGAUAA